UCUAAUGCUUAUCAAGGGUCCAGUUACUCCAGUUUGUUCUAUAUCUUUUGGGAAAUACUUGAAAUACAUGUUGGACUGUACUGACGUUACAGAAGUAUCGUUCAUGUAGUUGCAAAUAAGAUGACCACGAAUGGAAGAUUUAAAUUUACGUAUAACGACAUUAUACAAGAAAAUUUAAGAUCUUCAUAACUAUGCUACUUGAAUGUGUUUUACACAAUAAACGGAAGUAUAUUGAUUAAUUAGUACAAAAAUUGUGUUGUUUGUGACAUAAGUACAAUAUCUGAAUAAAAUGGAUGUGGAGGAUAAUACGGAUACAGAGUUGCGGUUUAUAUCACCCUCUCUUUUGUCUGAUAGUCAGACUGUACUGAGAGAAUAUAUUAUGUGCGUGGAUAAUCUUCCGAUAUACCAUCUGGAUAAUGCCCAAUGUUAUUGGCCAAGGAAACCUGAUAUUUUGUCUCUUUUGGACUUUGAUUUAGCAUCGCCUAGCACUAUGUUAAAAUUUGAGCGUGAUCCUGUUACCGGAGAACUUGGAGAAAUGUGCGAAGUUCCUGUAACAUCAGCCGGUGAAAAUGCACGAAAUUCAAUGUCUAUGACCCGUGCACCAGGGCCUGCUACAGAUAAUAUAAGAGGAAAUGCCAGUAAUAUUCCAUUCUGGCCGGGUGGCUUCGAUGAACCUGAAAUGGUACAAAAUUUAACAAUGGAAGAUAUCGACUUUGAAAAUAAUUUAAGAACCUUGGCGAAAGGAUUCACAGCUGGAAUAGAAUUUAAAAGUGAUAAUUGCACUCCAAAAGAGGCAACAACACAGGAAGAACAGUUAUUGGAAUCAGAGAAAAAUGAAAUCGAAAAAAUAGCAGAGAAAAUUAAUUUAAUGGCGAUCGUAAACGACGAGCGGAAUGUGCUCGAUAUCUGGUCGUCAGGAAAAGACACUAAGAAAGAGAAAGAGACUACUAAACCUUCGGAUAUACAAGAAUCAUCGUUCGAUGAAAUUGUUCCGUUUUUAGAUAAAUCGGAUAUUCCUGUUUUGAAGAUCUCAGAUAAACCUGCAGAGAAUGCAAAAUCAGAGUGGGCGGAACAAUUAGACGUGUCAAUUCCAAUAAAUGAUUUUGAUAAACAUAUACCUGAUCCAGCAAUGUGUUUUCCUUACGAAUUGGAUACUUUCCAGAAACAAGCAAUCCUUAAGUUAGAAGAGAACUGUAAUGUAUUUGUUGCCGCUCAUACAUCGGCUGGAAAAACGACAGUAGCGGAAUACGCGAUCGCGUUAAGUCAAAAACAUAUGACAAGGGUCAUCUAUACAUCUCCUAUAAAGGCACUUUCGAAUCAAAAAUAUCGCGAUUUCAAAAAAAAAUUUGACAGUGUCGGAUUGUUAACAGGGGACCUGCAAAUUAACUCGAAUGCUUCGUGUCUUAUCAUGACUACAGAAAUUUUACAAUCCAUGUUAUACUGUGCAGCAGACGUUUUAAGAGAUUUAGAAUUUGUUAUUUUCGACGAGGUGCAUUAUAUUAAUAAUGACGAACGUGGUCAUGUUUGGGAAGAAAGUGUCAUUCUUUUACCAAAAACAGUUAACAUAGUAAUGUUGUCUGCGACUGUACCGAAUCCACUAGUAUUUGCAGACUGGGUCGGUCGUACUAAGAAAAAAAAAAUGUUUGUGAUAAGUACUUUGAAACGACCAGUACCGCUACAACAUUAUUUAUAUACUGGAACAAAUGGUAAAACUAGACACGAUAGAUUUUUAGUGUUAAACGAAAAGGGUGAAUUUUUGCUUCAUGGGUACGAGAUGGCAACGGCUGCGAAAAAUACAAGUAAAAAUAAGUCUAAACAUACUACAAAUUUGAAGAAUGUUAUGUUGCCAAAACAAGAGCAGGCGUUGUGGUAUGCUUUCAUCAGUCACCUCAAGAGCAAUAAUAUGUUACCUGUCGUUGUGUUUAUGUUAUCACGAAAGCGUUGCGACAUGAUAUCAGUUUUAUUAAGAAAUGUCAAUCUCACUACCGAAACUGAAAAACAUACCAUCAGAGUCUUUUUCCAAAAUAAUAUUAAGCAUUUGAAAGGCACGGAUAGACAGUUGCCACAAGUUCUCAUGAUACAAGAAUUGUUGCAAAAUGGUGUUGGCAUACAUCACAGUGGUAUAUUACCUAUUUUAAAGGAGAUAAUAGAAAUGCUUUUUCAAAGUGGAAUUGUAAAGUUGCUGUUUGCGACAGAAACAUUUUCAAUGGGUAUGAACAUGCCAGCACGUACCGUAAUUUUCGACUCCAUUAGAAAAUACGAUGGUAACAAUUUUCGGAUACUUUAUCCUACCGAAUACAUACAAAUGGCUGGUCGUGCUGGUCGUAGAGGCCACGACACGGCAGGAAUGGUUGUAAUUAUGUGUCGUACAUCGUUACCACAUCUGAACGAACUGAUAACUAUGAUGUGUGGUCAAGCUCAAAACCUAGAAUCUAAAUUUAAAGUAACAUACUCCAUGGUUUUAAAUCUGAGACGAGUACACGAAUCGGUAUCUGUCGAGGCAAUGAUGCGCAGAUCCUUUAAAGAAUCGUCGUUCGCUUCGAAACAAAAUGUUUACAAAGUCGAAUUACAAAAAGUGGAAGACGAACUAUCAAAGUUACCGCCCUUAACUGAUCUACAAAAAUACCUGUGUGAUUUUUAUAAGAAUGCCGUCGACUACUUGGAGUAUCUAAAAUAUUUAAAACCGCUUUUAUACGAGACACAGAAGAAGAUAGUACAAGAUUUAACACCUGGCAGAGUUUUGAUUAUAUCUUAUGCAAGCCACUACAAUAAACUAGCUCUCGUAUUGAGUACAGUUCAAAGUAAAAGCGGUAGACAAUACAGGGUAUUAGUUCUUAAGAAUUCCGAACCAUCGAAACCUGCCGAGGAAAAUCCAUCGAAAGCGGUUAAGUUCAAGAAGUCCGAAAAAUGGCACGACAUGAUCGCUUUAACAAAAAAAGAGUUGUUCGUACCAUCUGGAGUUCCAGUCGACGAAGUGUUAAUUAUAUCUGCGUGGCAUAUAUUAGAAAUAACAAAUUGCAAAAUUAAUGUAGAUUGCGCUUUAGUCCUCUCAAGUUGGGGAAAAAAGCAAAUACCAAAAUAUAGGGACACGCCUUGUGAUCAAUCUUAUCAAUUCGCUAUACAACAAUUAAUGAUAUUGUCGUUGAGUGCUGCUCAAUAUGCUCCCGUUUUACAACCUUAUACGGAAAUGAAAUCGAACUAUAAUUUUAAAACGAAAAUAAAUCGGUUGCUUCGUUUAAAAAAAGAAGUUUACGAUAUGAAAUACACAGAAAUUUCAAAUUUUGAAGAACAAUUUGAAAUCGUAUUCGAACGAAGCGAAUUAGAAAGCAAGAAGAUAAAGCUUCAGCUUCAACUUAGCGACGAAAAGUUGAGUCUUUAUCCCGACUAUACAAGCGCUGUUGCUCUUCUUAAAGAUUUGGGAUACAUAGAUAACGAUGAAAGAGUUGCAUUGAAAGGACGAGUCGCGCUUCAGAUGGGUAGUAACGAAUUGCUAAUUACAGAACUUAUUCUUAAAAAUGUAUUAACAAUACUUCAGCCGGCUGAAAUAGCAGCAUUGUUGUCUACUUUAGUGUUUCAACAACGAACGAACGUUGAACCACAUCUUACUCCAGAAUUGAAGAGGGGAUACGAAGCAAUACAAAAGAUAUAUUCCGAAUUAGAAUCUUUAGAACAGCAUUAUCAAUUAGCAACGCUGCAACCGUUGAAUAUCGGUUUGGUUGAAGUGGUGUACGAUUGGGCGCAAGCAAAAUCGUUCGCCGAGAUUAUGGAGAAAACGGAUGUACAAGAAGGAAUCAUAGUACGAUGUAUUCAACAAUUAAGCGAAACGUUAAAGGACGUUAAAAUUGCAGCUGUAACUAUUGGUGAUCCUGUUUUAAAGGAAAAGAUGGAAGAAGCUUCAACUGCUAUUAAGAGGGAUAUCGUUUUUACCCCGUCUUUGUAUACACAAGAUUGAUUGU